CCCUCAGUGCGAUUGAAACCGUCGGUGGCAAAGGUUGGACAAGUUUUUAGCGGAAAAGCAGUAGUGAGGCUUGGCUGCUGAUCGUGAUUCGAGUCCAUUCGGUUAAAAUAGUUCGAAGUUAAACGUGUCAGAAGUUAUUUUGUUGCAAUUGCGGUUGCGAGAUAAUCGGGGCGAAUGCGAACUAUGCAGUCGUGCUGGAUCGCCGGGGUCUUACUGAUCCUUCUGGUUGGAUGGACUCAAGCGAAUCCCAUUUCGAGAAAUCCCAAGGCGGCCACCGAGUUCAUCAUCCUCCAUAACAAUGACAUGCACGCCCGGUUCGAGCAGACGAGUGUGAAUAGUGGAAUCUGUUCCCCGGAGGACGCACAUACGAACAAGUGCUAUGGAGGAUUCGCCCGGGUGGCCUAUGAGGUUCGGAAGUAUCGCAAGGAGGCCAACGAGGGGGGAACUGCAGUGCUGUACUUGAAUGCUGGUGACACUUACACUGGAACCGCUUGGUUUACCAUCUUCAAGGACAAGAUCGCCAGUGCCUUCCUCAACAAACUGCAACCCGAUGCCAUUUCCCUGGGCAACCACGAAUUCGAUGAGAGGGUCGAGGGCCUGAUACCCUUCCUAAACGAGGUCAACUUCCCUGUUUUGGCCUGCAAUCUGGACCUGAGCAAGGUGCCCCAACUGAAGGCCACCAAGCACUUGGCCCACUCUGCCAUUCUGGAGGCCAACGGCACGAGGAUCGGAGUCAUCGGUUACUUGACCCCAGACACCAAAAAACUUACCCUCAACAUGGACGUAGAGUUCAACGAGGAGGUGGAGUCCAUUAAUGCUGAGGCCAAGCAGUUAAAGGCCCAGGGUAUCAAGAUCAUCAUCGCCUUGGGUCAUUCUGGCUACCAAAAGGACCAGGAAAUAGCCAGGAACUGCCCGGAGGUGGACAUCGUGAUCGGUGGCCAUACGAACACCUUCCUCUACUCCGGUGCCCAGCCGGAUGCGGAGCACAUAGAUGGGCCCUAUCCGACGAUGGUCAAGCAGAAGGGCGGCAAGGAGGUGCCGGUGGUGCAGGCCUAUGCCUACACCAAAUAUCUGGGGAAGCUGCAUGUGCAGUUCGAUGCCGACGGUAACCUCAUCGAAUUUGACGGGGCUCCCAUCCUGCUGAAUGCUUCAGUGGCUCAGGAGCAGGAUCUUCUGGAUCUGCUGGAGGUCUAUCGCCCGAACGUCACCAGCCUGGAGAAGUCGGUCGUCGGACACACGAAGGUUCAUCUGGAGGGAGGCAAGGCGAUUUGCCGGGCGCAGGAGUGCAACCUCGGGAAUCUGGUCGCGGAUGCCAUGGUGUUCAGUCGGGUCAUGGAGGAGCAGGGCGGCGAUUACUGGACAGAUGCAGCUCUUUCCCUCAUGCAGGGAGGCGGCAUUCGCAGCUCGAUCGAAAGGAGAUCCGAUGGCUCCAUCACCGACAACGACCUCCUGUCCGUUCUGCCCUGGGGCAAUGACCUCUUCAUGGUGCCGAUGACGGGGAAAUCGGUUCGACGAGCUCUGGAGCACGGAGCCGCCUUGCGGGGCAAGGACUCGGACGGUGGUUUCCUCCAGGUCUCCGGCAUCCGCGUGGUGUUGAACCCCGGCAAACCAGAGGGCAGUCGCGUGGUCUCCGUCCAGGUUCGAUGUGCCGCCUGCCGAGUGCCCACCUACAGCGAUCUGAACGACACGGCCGUCUACAAUGUCGUUCUGGGAGAGUUCCUGCUGGACGGCGGCGAUGGCCACCUGAUCAGGGAUUCGGCUCACAAGCCACAGCGACUGCAGAACAACGACAAGGAGGCGGUGGCCCAGUACCUGAAGCAUCGGGACUUCGUUUACCCCGAGAUCGAGGGUCGGAUCAUCUUCAUCAACUCAGCAGGAGCACUAAUAAGCUCGAUGGUCCUGAUCCUUAUCUCUUCUGUUUCGAUGCAAUUGCUGAGCUAGACUUAAACCAUAGAUUUGCCAUUUCAGAGCCCCAAUACAUCGUCCAGUUCAUGUGCUGAUAUACCGCUUACUUAUUACUAAUUUUUAACAAUUAUGUUGGAAUAAAGGAGGUUAAAGUGCCACAAAACUUAAAUUAACAAAA